AAGAGGCUAAACGCGGAAAAUUUAGUGUAAAAGGAAGGUUUGUGGCCGGGUUUUCUCGGAUGAAAACUGGUUAAGCACAGGGUCUUAUUCACCCAACCUUGAUUAUUACGCAAGAAAAAAAAAGCUGCACUUACCACCCAGUGUUGCCAUGUCUUCGACGGGAACAGUUCAAGGCUGCACUGACUCAAGGUGACCGACAUAUUCAUAUUGCCGUGGGUGCCUCGCGCGUCUCUCCGCAGCUUCGUGGCGCUCCAGUUCUGGCGCCAGUCUCUUGCAAUUCAACGUCCACGAUGGUCAAGCCGUUCCCCAAUAUCCGCGUGAUACGCGAUGUGAAGGCACGCAACGGCUUUGCCGCCAACGAGAUUGCCCGCCGUGCCUACCUCUACGUCGCCCGCAACCAGUCGCUGCCUCCGCAGGUCCGCUACCAGGCCCAGCUGCAGCUCAACACCUUCGACCGCUACACCCGUUCGACGAGCGUGAAGAACCGGUGUACCGAGACUGGGCGUGGACGCGGUAUUAUUAGCGAGUUUGGGCUGUGUAGGGUGAGUCAUAGUGCUCUGAAUUGGAAGGCAAGACUUAUCGUGUUCCCUGUAGUACCAAUUCCGUCUGAAGGCGAAGGCCGGAGAGAUUCCUGGCGUGAAGAAGGCUUCGUGGUAGACAACGUAUGGUGUGCUCAUAUCUCUCGCUAUAAAUACUUGCAUUUAAGCAUGCUUCAAUCAUGUCGCAGGCUACGGUAGUUCGCGUAAAGUUACUGUGGUUCUUAGAGGCACCGUGGCGGCUUGGUGAGAAGACGAGUUCGAAUCCCCCUUUCCGACUUUCGUCGUGCCGUAUCUUGGCGUCAGUUCCGUCGUUCGAUAGCCUUUCUAGACAUAGACGAACUCGGAAAUAGAAUUUGCUCGUAGUUCGCUGCGUUCCGGAAGGUAGACCACAGAGCUUUUCAUCAUUCAAAUGCGAUGAAAA